CCCAGCAGGUCAAAGCAUUCUCAUAGGGCACUCUGACACGAGGAUGAACCCUCUUCUUUUGCCUCAGGGUCAGAGUCUGCACAACAGACCAUCAGGUGAGACAGUGAGAGGUUUGAAGGAGUUAAAUGAGGACCGCUGAGGCUCCGAGCCCAGCGCUGAUCAGCACUCAGUGAUGCAGGAGGAGGAGGAAGAGGAAGGAGGAGCGAGCAGAGCAGCUGAGCCUUUCUGCUUUCAGUCUCUUGUCAGCGAAUGCCAGAGCAGUUUCCUUUGCUGUGCUUCUCUGAAAACACACACACACCAGAACACUCUUCAUUGCUGAAUCCUUUCCUCUCCGCCUGGAUAAUGCUGCGCUGGAAAAGGAGCAAGUUUGUGCUGGUGGAAAAUGAGUCCAAAAGCAAGCCAAAAAGUCUUGGAGCUGGACUGACUUAUCAUUCUCUGCUUUCGACUUUGCUCCACUCCUGUCCGGACCUCGUUCCUGACUGCCCGUUUCACUGGCUGGGAAGUGUUUUCCACAGCAAACGCCAGAAAGUGGAGCUCAACAAAGAGGAACCCACCUACAACGUGCGUUACCUGGGCAGCGUGGUCACCAUCAUGGCUAAAGGUGAAGAUUGCACACAGGAUGCAGUGGCUAAGAUUUGGACUCGCAGCAGCUAUGGCGAACAGAGCGCCAAGAUGAAGCUCACAGUCGGGCCGCACGGCAUCCGCAUGGGGGUGGAUAAAGGUGGCAAAAAGAAGCCUGUCCACCAUUAUUCGCUCAACCGUAUCACAUACUGCACCGCUGAUCCCUUCCGGCCAAAGAUCUUUGCGUGGAUUUACAGGCAUCAGGUGAAGAAUAAAGCGGUGGUUCUACGAUGCCAUGCCGUCCUGUUGGCGAAGGCAGAAAAGGCCAGAGCGUUGGCGCUUAGCCUGUACCAAAACUCUACAUCGGCAUUUACAGAGUUCAAGCGACUAAAGCGGCAAUCCGACUUCCGCCAUUGCCAGCAGCAGCUGUUGGGUGAGGACAUUGUGCCUCUUAUGCCUCUUCGGAGACUUCUGAACGGCCAGUGCCACUACCAGCCACCUGCAGAAAAGCCUGGAAGCGCCACACGGCUCUCCUCAAUUACUGAGGAAGAGGAGGAAGAUGAGGAUGGACAGAGGGAUGCUGAAUCCUUCAACACAAAAAACACAGGCACUCUCAGUCCUUCUAAUACUCCAGAGAAAGAUCUGGGGAAGAUCGUAAAUCGACUGGAUGAGGUUUCGAUUACCAGCUGGGAUGAAGCACAGAUGACUAUCAGCACUCUGGUGUGACGUCAGAUGGAUACAAAUUAGUGUCCUCACCACUGAGCCUCUGUCCUGUCGCCUUUCCCGCCAACCCACUCUGUCUGGUACGUCCAUUGAUGCACCGUGAAACAGCUCUCCGAAACUCGGGAUAAGGUCACAAGGAGCCACAAGGAAGCGUUACACAAGCUGCAUGGAGAAGAAGAGCCAGAAGAAGCACAAUAUAAGGAAGACCACAGGUACACCAAUCAUCCAGAGUUGGUCAAGAGCGUACACCGAAAAGCCUUUAUCUACCCCUGACAUCGAGCAAAGCUUAAACCACACACCCAAAGACGAUGAAACAUUCGUCUUGUACUCACGGCACAGAGUGAUUUUCUGAGUUUGUGCCAUGUGCUUUAGACUGAUGAACUAUGGCAAGGAACCGUAAAAUGUGACUUUUUGUAUGCCCAGAUGGUUCAUAACUGUCCCCCGGUGACAUCUUUCAACUGGCUCGACUUCAGUGAGAUGCGGUUAAAGCCGUUUUAUUGGCAUUGGGAGAAGCACUAAUGAAUUAAACCAUAACUUAGGAAUCGAGCCAUUGACUUGGCAUGUUUACUGCUACCAUUCGUCAUAGCUCUGCUAAUCAGUAAUGCAUAACAAGUGGAGGCAUCAUCUGUGACGUCUGAGAUGAGCCUUUUAAAACAUUUAUAAAAGGUAUCUGUUUUACACUGUGAUUUGUCUGGGACCAAAUGACAGCAAUGUAUAUUGUAUGUAUACAAAUUGUAAUUCAUGCGGAAUAUGUGUUGGUGUAAUGUGGUAGUCAUAAAAACUCAUUUCUAUGCUGUUCACAUGAAGAUCGUAGCUCCCAUCUGUCAACUCUGGCAUGUGUUUUUGUAAUUUCAGCUCAUCGUAUUAAUCCUCUGGAAACUGAUUGGGGGAAAUGGUGAUUUUUCUACUACUUUCAUCUUUUUAUGCACAAUGUUGUAUAAUAAAAUGUUUGCUUAUAUUAAUUAUUAAUUAUUAAUUUUUGGAGCCCCAGCUUUCCAUUUGUUUCAUCCCGGGAUGGGUUCAUUUGAAAAUGCAGACUGCUGAUUUACAGGCUUCAUUUUAAAAGAUCAUAAUUCCUAGCUUAAAAAACACUUAAUUCAAAAAGGAAAAAUAUCUAUUGACAGCCUGUGAGUGGGCUGUGGAAGGAACUGAUUUCAUCUGAAGGGCAUUUAGCUUUUCCGUCAGUGAGGCUAUUAAUCAGCAGAUUGAAUUGUACAGGAAGUGAGCAUAAAACACCUGGGCGGGCAGCACAGAGCUUUCAGUUUGACAUGAAAUCAGCCAGAAGAGCCUUCAACAGCCUCUCAGCACAUAGCUGAUUACAACGGACAAAAGGACAAGCACAUAAAAGCACGCAAUGCUGUAAGAUCUGCGUCAAAUUCACCCCAACAAGAUCUCCUUUCUGAAGUGCUGUUGAAAUGGUUUUAUUAUUGGUGCUUGCUAGGACAGACAUCACUAUUGCUAUUGCUUAUACUUGGGGUUAGGCAAUGGAUUUAAUCGUCCCAUGCCAUUUUCGAGCUAUGUGGAUGAUUUAAAUUUGUGAGUUAUGCUCAUUAGUUUUCCAAGUGAUCAGAUCAUCUGCAAUUUUACAAAACAAAAAAGUGUGGCACCACUUGCUACUGUGUACAUAAAAUGUGCAAAUGUAGUUUGUUUGUGCUGUAACUAUUUUUAAAUAUAUAUAUUUUGUCCCUGAAAUAUUGUGGGAUUCUUUGGGUGACUUGUUUAAUUAAUCUAAAAUGACUGGGUAUUGUGGGUUUCUGAUCUUUUCAAUUUUUUUUAGAUGUUCUGUUCUGACUGAAAUGUGAGUUUUUGUCAACAGGAAUUAAAAGGGCCAUAUGAUGCUUUUUUUGAAGAUCAUUAUUUUGUGUAUUUUGUGUAACAGAAUAUGUUUACAUGCUUUAAUGUUCA